GGUUACCUCAGUCCAAUGAUCCCAAUCCCAUUGACUUCUGGAUAUGGCCCAUCCACUUGUUGGAUACAAAUUCCACGGUCAUGGUCAUCAUAUGCGAGCACCGCAUGUAAAGAUUUAGAUUUUUGGAUUGGAUAUAUGCCAAAUGCCUAUCCUCUCAUUAUUGCCCGAGCUUUAAAUCUGGGAGCAGUAGGAACCCCAAGGUUCCCAAAGGUCCAAUUGAGUUUACCUAGCAGGAGUUAUCCCAGGCAAAUCCAAAUGGACAAUGGCCACUGUGAUACCUCACGAGGUGCUUUGAUUGUUCUAGAAGGCUUGGACCGUUGUGGGAAGACCUCACAAUCUAGUAGACUGCUCGCAUACUUAGAAGGGAAAGGAUUUGCUGUCGAAUCAUGGCGGUUUCCGGACAGAACCACUUGUGUUGGGGAGAUGAUAUCUUCAUAUCUUGCCAAUAAAUCACAUCUGGAUGAUCGAACAAUCCAUUUGCUUUUCAGUGCAAAUCGUUGGGAGAAGAGGUCACUGAUGGAGACAAAAUUAAAAAGCGGAACCACCCUUGUUGUAGACCGUUAUUCUUAUUCUGGAGUUGCUUUCUCAGCCGCGAAAGGCCUUGACAUUGAAUGGUGUAAGGCGCCGGAGAUGGGAUUGCUUGCUCCAGAUUUAGUAGUGUACCUUGACAUACAGCCUGAGAAAGCAGCAGAGAGAGGAGGAUAUGGAGGCGAGAGAUACGAACAGCUUGAGUUCCAGAGGAAGGUUGCCCAGCACUAUCACCUCCUUCGCGAUGAUACGUGGAAGAUUGUUGAUGCCUGCCUUCCAAUGGAGAAUGUAGAGCAACAACUAAGAGAGCUUGCGUUGGAGUGCAUCAGCACAUGCCGGAAAGGGAAGCCUGUCUCCUUGCUCUGGUCGCAGUAGUUGUGGUGCAUUCAAUGAUCUGGGCCAUUCAUCAGGUUGUUCCCACUGAAUUUCCUCACCCCUUAAUGUCAGGCUGAUCCAUUUAUCAGGCUAUGACACAUGUAUGUAGAAAUGGAUACUUGUAAAGAUGAUGAGCAACAUCUACCGUCAAUGCAUGAGUCGGCCAGCCUGAUUUUACGAUCAGAUAUGCACUGAGGGGCCACAGAUGAAAGUCCUGGAUCCCAUGCAUCAGGUGUGCAUUUGUAUUUGACACUUGACAAUGGUGUCUGGGAACAGCAUUCCUCUUCUUAUAUACAUCAUGGGUGUUUGAACUGA